UUAUUGUUUGAUAAGAAUCAUCUUUAUUGACAUGGCUUUUAUGUAAUGAGAAAUUCGGCAAUGAAAUGGUUCUUCAUAUAUGUGAUUGCCCUCUGGCUGGGCCUAUCCAUGGCUAUAUUAGAGUCCAGCUAUAACUACUAUCGUCUGCCGACUUCCCUACGACCCCAAAAGUAUUAUCUGCGCAUCCUAACACAGCUGGAAAGUCCAGAAGAACUCCGCUUCAGCGGUACAUCCAAAAUUUUAAUUGAAGCUCUCGAAAACACCAGUAACAUCACAUUGCACUCGAGGGAUCUGGCUAUCGAUGAAUCGCAGAUCACUCUUCGCCAAAUCAGCGAUGAAGGGGAUCUGGAUAACUGCAUAGCCUCAACAGAAGUAAAUCCCAUACAUGACUUCUAUAUCCUCAAAACCUGCCAAGAGUUAUUGGCUGGCCAUGUCUAUGAACUUAUUUUACCCUUCUCAGCUGAGUUGAACCGACAACUUGAGGGCUACUAUCGUAGUUCCUACUUGGAUCCUGUGACUAAGGAAACGAGAUGGAUCAGUCUUACCCAAUUCGCACCUUCUUCGGCACGAUUGGCAUUCCCCUGCUUCGAUGAGCCUGGCUACAAGGCACCCUUCAUAGUGAUAUUAGGCUACCAUAAAAAUUACACGGCCCUUAGCAAUAUGCCCGUGAAAGAAACUAAGCCAGAUAAAUCCCUUCCCGACUUUGUGUGGAACGAGUUCGAAGAGUCAUUGCCAAUGUCUACCUACCUCGUAGCGUAUUCCAUAAACGACUUUGCCAACAAACCAUCAACGCUUCCGAAUAGCGUCCAAUUCCGAACCUGGGCCCGUUCUAGUGCCAUCGAUCAAUGCGAUUUUGCGGCGGAGUUUGGACCCAAAGUUCUUCAGUACUACGAUGAGUUUUUCGACAUUAAAUUCCCGCUACCGAAGAUCGAUCAGUUCGUCGUGCCCGAUUUGAGUUACAGUGCCAUGGAGAACUGGGGUCUGGUGACUUAUAGAGAAUCCAGAUUUCUUUUCUCUCCGGAGCAUUCUUCGCUGGCGGACCAACAACAGUUGGCCUAUUUAGUGGCUCAUGAGUUGGCACACCAAUGGUUCGGAAAUCUGGUCACUAUGAAGUGGUGGACUGACCUCUGGCUCAACGAGGGAUUCGCCACUUAUGUGAGCAGCUUGGGUGUGGAGCACAUUUACCCCAAUUGGCACUCAAAAGACAGAGGUGCUCUAAGCUCCCUAAUGACCACCUUCCGCCUGGAUGCUUUGAUGUGCAGCCACCCAAUAUCGAGACCCAUUCAAAUGGUAACGGAGAUCGAGGAAAGCUUCGAUCAGAUUUCGUACCAAAAGGGAUCUUCAGUUCUGCGAAUGAUGCACUUGUUCCUGGGCGAAGAUUCCUUCCGAUCCGGCCUGAAAUCGUAUCUACAGCUGUAUGCUUAUAAGAACGCCGAACAGGAUAAUCUUUGGGAGUGUCUCACCCAAGCUGCUCAUCAGAAUGAGGAACUGUCCCAGAACUACGACAUCAAGACAAUUAUGGACUCGUGGACUCUGCAAACCGGUUAUCCUGUAGUCAAUGUGAUCCGUGACUAUGCGUCAAAAACCGCGAAGCUUACUCAAGAGCGAUACCUUAGGGAUACCGAUUUAUCUAGAGCCGACAAUGGAGGAUGUUGGUGGGUGCCCCUAAGUUACACGACGAAGGAGGAGAAGGACUUUAGUAACACGGCUCCCAAGGCGUGGGUGGAGUGCACCAAGACUGGUGAAAGUUUGCCCAAGACAGUACAAGAUCUUCCUGGAUCCGAUCAGUGGGUGAUCUUUAACAACCAGCUGUCGACACCAUACAAAGUAAACUACGAUGCUCAGAACUGGAAGCUUUUGAUCGAGACUUUGAACAGCGAGUUCGAGAGCAUUCACGUUAUCAACAGGGCCCAACUAAUAGACGAUGUCCUGUACUUUGCCUGGACAGGAGAACAGGACUACGAGACCGCCUUGCGAGUUAUCGAUUAUUUGCAGAGGGAGCGAGAGCUUCUUCCUUGGAAGUCGACCCUCGACAAUCUAAAGUUGUUGAGCAAGAUUCUUCGACAAACACCGAACUUUGGGUUCUUUAAACGCUACAUGAAGAAGCUCUUGAGUCCAAUCUACGAGCACCUAUACGGCAUGAAUGACACGUUCAGUUCGAUCCAACAGCAGAAUCAAAUCCUGCUAAAGACGAUGGUAGUUGAUUGGGCAUGUGAGUACCAGGUAUCCGAUUGUGUAUCCCGGGCACAGUCCUAUUUCCGCCGCUGGAGAUCCGAGGCUAAUCCCGAUGAGAAGAACCCUAUUCCGAUCAACUUUCGCAGCACUGUUUACUGUACCGCAAUAAGACAUGGAACCGAUGAGGAUUGGGACUUCCUUUGGACGCGGUACAAGAAAUCAAAUGUGGGUUCGGAAAAGCAAACCAUUUUAAGUACUUUGGGUUGCUCGAGAGAAGUUUGGAUAUUGCAGCGUUACUUGAAGGCGGCAUUUGAUCCUGAAGGUCCCAUUCGUAUGCAUGAUUCUUCUUUAAGCUUCCAAGCAGUAGCUUCUAAUGAAGUGGGCUUCCACCUGGCAAAGGAUUACUUAAUUGACAACGUGGACUCUAUUAUCAAGAACUUUGAUCGACCCACUCGACUUUUGCCGCCACUUUCUGAGCAAGUUAUUACGGCGAGGAACUUGAAUGAGUUUAAGGAAUUUGUUAAAAGUUCGGAAGAGUCUCUGGAAGCUGUUCAUCUGGUGGUUCAGCAGAGUUUGGAGACAAUGGUGACCAAUGUGCAGUGGAUGAAACGAAAUUAUCACCAGUUUUCGCACUCCAUCCAGCUGCAUUUGGAAACAAUUUCUUAUUCAUAA